AUGGCGACAUCAACAAUACCAACAACAUCAACAACAACAUCAACAAAGAGGGCACCCCUACCUUUCGCAUACCAGUUCCUCGCAGGUUCCAUCGCAGGCGUGACAGAGAUCGCAUGCAUGUACCCCCUCGACCUCGUCAAAACCCGCUUCCAACUCCAAGUCAACCCUCCUCUCUCAAAAGUGCCUCUCGUCCAACCUCACGGCACCACCACCCCCUCCGCCACAACCUCAACCACGACCACGACAGCCAAAGGACAUCCCCUAGCAGCACCACGACCGUACACGUCAAUCCUUGGCUGUCUCCAAAGAGUCAUUCGACGCGAGGGAGUCCUCCACCUCUACCGUGGUAUCCUUCCCCCACUCAUUGCCGAGGCACCCAAAAGAGCCAUCAAAUUCGGCGCUAACGAGCAAUGGGGCUUUGUGCUCAAGAAGCUCUUCUCUCUCGACCGCCUCACGGCGCUCCAGGCUGGGUUUGUCGGGUACAUGGCUGGUGCGACAGAGGCAUUCUUCAUCACCCCCUUUGAACUCGUCAAAGUCCGUCUCCAAGACCGCGGGAGCCUCAAACUCUACACGGGGACGGUCGACUGUAUGCGGAAAGUGGCGUCUGAGGAAGGAGUGUUAACGUUUUAUCAUGGAUUAGAGGCGACGAUCUGGAGACAUGCGACAUGGUCCGGGAUGUACUUUAUGACCGUCCACGGGUUCCGGACGGCGUUCCCUGAGCGGUCGACGGCGUCCAAGGAGGAGAGUAUGAUGCGGAAUUUUGUUGCGGGAACUCUGGGGGGUGUUUUGGGGACGCUGGUGAAUACGCCGUUUGAUGUUGUUAAGAGUCGGAUCCAGAACCAGCAUGCGGGGCCUAUUGGAUAUGUGUUCUCCCGAGUAGCGCGCCUUUAUCGUCAAGAAGGGUUCCGAGCAUUAUACAAAGGAUUGGCACCAAAGCUGGUGCGUCUGGGUCCCGGAGGCGGGUUGCUGUUGGUGGUGUUUGAUCGCACCUCUGAGCUCCUGCGGUCCUUCAUCUCUGAGGACACCAACAACAACAAGUCUGCUGUCACUGCGAUACUUUAG